AUGAGCCACGCGGCCUCGUACAAGCUGGUGCUCGCCGUGUCGUUGUUUCUGUUGUUUGCCGGGCUGAUUCUGACCGCGCUCAGCUUGUUCAGUUCACAGUGGCAGAUAGCGGAAGUCCCAUGGGGCCACGUCACCCAUCAGCAUGGUGUUGUGAAGGACUGUAUCGAGCCCUCACCCGGCCUAAUACCUUUACACCAAACAGCUCACACCGCCCAUCGAUGCGUCUACAAAUUUGACCCGGCUGCCGAGAAAAGUCUAAUGCAAGCGUUGAGCGUAGGUGAUGAAGAAUCGCAGGAGGUGCUGCUACAUCGGUUUUUACCCCAGCACAAGAGUGUCGUCUUCUUCUCCGUGUUCGUCUUCGUCUUCGGCCUCUUGUCGGCGAUAAUUGGAGUCUGUAGCCCGUGUUUCCCUCCAAACUCCAUUCUCUUCGUGGGGACACUAUUUUUGACAGCUGGCUGUUCGAUUUUGGCCGACGUCAUCUUCAUCGCGGCCAGUAUCAAACCCCCAAGGGUUGUAUGGAAUAAAUAUUCCAAUUUUGACCCAGCUAAAUAUCAGAGUAAACUCGGCAUCGCGGCAUUUGUUCAUCUACUGGCGUCUGGGCUUAUAGCUACGGCUUUUGUAUCGUCGUUAGGCGCCACCUACCUGUUGUUGAUGACGAGAAACCGGAAGGGGGCCGGUUGUUGCUCGCAGAUAAGGACGAAGGCCAGGUUCCAGGAGGAGGACAGUCAACUCACUUGGUCCACCACCCCAGAAUUGAGCCUCGGUGACGAAGACGAGGCCGAUGAUGACCAAAAGGCUGGCGAGGAGUAUCCGCUGCAUCAACUGGAAGGUAUC